AUGGCUGGUGCCGAUAUCGAUUUAACAUUAUGUUUUCGUAAAAAAUUUACACCUCCUCCUAGUGUACUUUUAUUAAAAACACCGAGCAAUCAAAGUUCAACUAAAGAUCACCAAACUCAUUCUAAUGUUUCUGUUGAACUACGUUCACGUCAACGAAAAAACCGUCAUGCAACAGCACAUAUUAUUGGUUCAAAUUCUAAUCAUCACAAUUCUGAUAGUCGUGAUUCAUCAGGGUCUCCUAAUACUUGGCAACGACAUUCGGAUAAAAUAGGACAUAUAUCACAGGCACCCGAUGUUGCCUAUAGAAAUACCUAUUUGGACGAAAUCAAACGAGAAAAAUCAGCUACAACUAGUAGUGAUUAUCGUUCUCAUAAAUCAGUUUCACGAUCACCAUCACCACGCAGUCAACAUUCACAACAACAGCCGUUACCUCGUUUAAAAACUACUAGUUCAUCGUCACAUCAUACAUCUGAUUUAUCACCACGAAAAUAUCAUGAAUAUCGUACAGUAUACGAUUAUAUUCGUCAAUCAAUAAAACAAAUUGAACGUCAACGUAAUUUAAAACAACAGAAUUUUUCUGCACGUGUAAAACGUCCACAAAAUGAUGAUAUCAUUUUACGACGAAUAUUAGGUGAGAAAAAAACGUCAACACCAAGAAUGUCAUCCGUAUUGAUAAAUGAUUUACGAAAUCCACAAAAUUUUCUUAAUUAUGUUAAUCAUUCGCGUGAACAAGUGCGUAUAUUACAUACAACGACACCGAAUCAACCUCAACAACAACAUCAGCAGCAACACCAAAUGGAUUAUAAAUUAAAUCGACAACGAACAAAUUUAAGUUUAGCACAAAAUCAAAAUGACUCACUUGAUAAGCAACAAGCUAUAAUGGUGCUGACUGCUACUGUUGCCAAUUCAUAA